AUGCAUGCAUGCAAAGCAAGCAAGAAAAAGCUAGCAGAGGACAAAGUGUCAAAACAGCAAUUUACCGUGGUAGAACCUGGCCAAUUCAAAGAGGAGAAGCCAAUCUUGACUGGAAUUAGAGUUUACGCUAGUCCAAAAGUAGUGGUCUUCUUCAUGGACUUGGUCCCCGCAAGGCCCAUCAGGAAGUUCGAGAGGGUCCCCGAAUGCCGGCAACGACAGUGGAGAAUUACUGUAUCCAGCACCUGGUCGGGUUAG